AAGGCCGUGGGCAUCGUCACCACCACGCGGGUGACCCACGCGACGCCCAGCGCUGCCUACGCCCACUCUGCCAACCGGGACUGGUACUCGGACGGAGAGAUGCCCCCGGACGCGCUGGAGGGGGGCUGCAGGGACAUCGCCCGGCAGCUGGUGGAGAACAUCCCUGACAUCGAGGUGAUCUUGGGUGGCGGGCGGAAAUAUAUGUUCCCCAAAAAUGCCAGUGAUGUGGAGUAUCCCCACGAGGACAAGCACCGGGGCACCCGCCUGGAUCGCAGGGACCUCGUCCAGGCGUGGCACGAUGCCAAGGCCCCCGGCAAGGUGGCCAAGUACGUGUGGCACCGGCGGGACCUGCUGGCGCUCAACCUCAGCCGCGUUGACUUCCUCCUGGGCCUCUUCGAGCCGGGUGACAUGAUGUACGAGCUGGACAGGAACAACGAGACGGAUCCGUCCCUCUCCGAGAUGGUGGCUGUGGCCAUCAAGAUGCUC